UGUUUUGCAGGAAUUUGCAGGCUGCCAUUGGUGCUUAUUAUGACUUUGAGAGCCCAAAUAUAAAUGCACCUUCUAUGUCAUUUGUAGAAGAUGUUACAAUAGGAGAAGGAGAGUCUGUUCCACCUGACACCCAGUUCACCAAAACAUGGAGGAUACAGAACACAGGCACAGAACAAUGGCCGCCUGGUGUGUCCUUAAAAUACGUGGGAGGUGAUCAAUUUGGGCAUGUUAACAUGGUGAUGGUCCGGUCACUGGAACCUCAGGAAGUUACUGAUGUCAGCGUUCAGAUGCGAAGUCCGACAACGCCAGCAAUGUACCAAGGACAGUGGCGUAUGUGUACAGCUACUGGACUUUACUUUGGAGAUGUGAUUUGGGUGAUUCUGAGUGUUGAAAUCGGAGGCCUUUUAGGAGUUACGCAGCAGCUUUCUUCAUUUGAAACAGAAUUUUCUUCACAACCCUGUCGCAAGAUUGAAGGCAAUUUUAACCCUUUCGCUUCACCACAGAAAAACCGGCAAUCUGAAGACAACAAUGUGAAGGACCCCGGGGGCCAAAGUACAAAUCCAAUUAGUAAAAAUUCAUGGGGCCCAACUGAAGACCAAAAUGAACAAGAUCAAAAUGGACUGUCGCAGAACUCUGUAAAUAUCUCCCCUAACAGUCACUCUAGCAACUUAUCUGUGGUGACUUACAGUCAGAUUGAACCCAGCUGCAAGACCAUGGAUGUGACCUAUGCCCAGUGUGCCAAUGGCGUGCUGGAGGAGGAACUUGAAAGUGAACCAAGUGAUGUAGAUUGCAAAUCUUUGAAAAACUAAACAUUUAACCCAGCGCUUGGCUAUGUUUGUUGAGCACAGACACAAACCUGGAUCCUACACCUGUUUGGCAAAAUGCAUUAGUAUUAAAGCAACAUCAGCCAACUCUGUCUUGCCUAUUUCUGUACAAUAAGCUACAUGAAGCCUUCAAGAACAUAAAGCAUGGAAUAAACAAAUAUUGUAUUGCC